UACUCCGCCAUUCUCGGUUCGCCUAUUCUAUCUUUCCCGUCUCGUGAGUUGAAUUUUAUUACAACAAAUAUUUUUUUUAUUGUUAUAUGCUUAUGUUCUACCUGUGGUCGUGAUUAUUGCUUUGGAUAUAUAUUUUAUGCUUCUAAAUUACGGUUGAAGAUUAAUUAGAACAAAAUGGCGACCAAAGGCGGUUUGAAGACAAUCGCCAAUGAAGAGAAUGAGGAGAAAUUCGGCUAUGUAUUUGCCGUUUCCGGUCCUGUCGUUACAGCGGAGAAGAUGUCCGGAUCGGCUAUGUACGAGCUGGUGCGAGUCGGUUACAAUGAGCUCGUAGGAGAAAUCAUCCGUCUUGAGGGUGACCUUGCCACUAUUCAGGUAUACGAAGAAACAUCUGGCGUGACCGUGGGUGACCCUGUACUUCGUACCGGCAAACCUCUGUCCGUCGAGUUGGGCCCUGGUAUCCUGGGUUCCAUUUUUGACGGUAUCCAGCGUCCUCUGAAGGACAUCAACGAGUUGACACAGUCUAUCUACAUUCCCAAGGGAGUGAAUGUACCAUGCUUGGCUAGAGAAACUGACUGGGAAUUCAACCCAUUAAACAUUAAGGUUGGCUCCCACAUAACCGGUGGUGACCUGUAUGGUAUUGUGCACGAGAACACUCUGGUUAAACACAAAAUGCUGAUGCCGCCCAAGGCCAAGGGUACAGUCACCUAUAUUGCGCCAGCUGGCAACUACAAAGUCACUGAUGUGGUGCUAGAGACAGAGUUCGACGGUGAGAAGGCGCAAUACACUAUGUUGCAAGUAUGGCCGGUGCGUCAGCCGCGACCUGUCACCGAGAAGUUGCCUGCUAACCAUCCACUACUCACCGGACAGCGUGUGCUUGAUUCGCUCUUCCCGUGCGUACAGGGUGGUACCACAGCCAUUCCCGGAGCCUUCGGUUGCGGCAAGACUGUGAUCUCGCAGGCGCUCUCCAAGUAUUCCAACUCCGAUGUCAUCAUCUACGUCGGAUGCGGAGAGCGAGGUAACGAAAUGUCUGAAGUACUUCGAGACUUCCCCGAGUUGACGUGCGAGGUUGAUGGUAUUACUGAAUCAAUCAUGAAGCGUACAGCCCUGGUGGCCAACACCUCAAACAUGCCUGUCGCUGCCCGUGAAGCCUCCAUCUAUACUGGUAUCACUUUGUCUGAAUAUUUCCGUGACAUGGGUUACAACGUCUCCAUGAUGGCUGACUCGACAUCACGUUGGGCCGAGGCUCUUCGUGAAAUUUCCGGUCGUCUUGCUGAAAUGCCUGCCGACUCUGGCUACCCAGCCUACCUGGGUGCGCGUCUCGCCUCCUUCUACGAGCGUGCCGGCCGUGUCAAGUGUAUGGGCAACCCUGACAGGGAAGGAUCUGUAUCCAUCGUGGGUGCCGUGUCACCGCCCGGUGGUGACUUCUCCGACCCUGUCACAUCGGCCACACUCGGUAUCGUCCAAGUGUUUUGGGGUCUUGACAAGAAACUUGCCCAGCGAAAGCAUUUCCCUUCCAUCAACUGGCUUAUCUCUUACAGCAAGUACAUGCGCGCGCUGGAUGACUUCUAUGAGAAGAACUACAGCGACUUUGUACCACUUAGGACCAAGGUUAAGGAAAUCCUUCAAGAGGAGGAGGAUCUAUCCGAAAUCGUACAACUGGUCGGCAAGGCUUCGCUCGCCGAGACUGACAAGAUCACCCUCGAGGUUGCCAAGCUUCUUAAAGACGACUUCCUCCAGCAAAACAGCUACUCGGCGUACGACCGCUUCUGUCCGUUCUACAAGACGGUGGGCAUGCUCAAGAACAUGAUUGCUUUCUACGACAUGUCGCGGCAUGCCGUUGAGUCCACCGCGCAGUCGGAUAACAAGGUUACAUGGAACGUUAUCCGUGACGCCAUGGGCAAUAUCCUGUACCAGCUUUCAUCCAUGAAGUUCAAGGACCCGGUAAAAGACGGCGAGGCUAAGAUCAAGGCAGACUUUGACCAGCUCCUCGAAGAUAUGUCGGCGGCCUUCCGCAACCUUGAGGACUAAGCGACACCAUCUAGUAGCGUGUCGAACGAGCGGCGUACAAACGGGACUGUAACCAAUAACUAUCCCGCUGUCUUCAAAUAUUUUUAUUUUAUAAUAAUAUUGUAAUAGACGAUAUGAUAAUUUAUUGGAUUCACCCAAAGCCUAAUUAAAAAUAGGGUGAAUGGCUCGCUCGUGUUGACACAGUUUUGUUAAUACUUAGCCGUAAUUCGUGUUACGCAGUCUAUGUAGAGUGCAUAGGUUAUAUUACUCGUUUCAAAUCAAAUAUUCACGAUUCUAUUGUUGAUAAAUUGAGUCUUAGAUUCUCGGUAGGCUCGCGCGCCCGAAUUUUAUGACCUUGUAUAUACAUUACCCACAGUCUGCAACGCGUCGGUUGGUCUUGUUCGGUCGCGCGACUCCACAUGCCGUUAGUUGUUAUUUAUAUUAUUAUUAUUAAAUAAAUAUACUAUUUAUAUACACUAACAAUCAAUUAUUUGGCCCAUUGAUAUUCUAUUGAUAAUAUCGAGUACCCUCUUGCAUUCCACGUUAUAUUAGUUGUAUGGAAAACAUCGGCUUUAACGCUUCAUUGCAAUAACUUGUUUCAGUUUACUAUUUUUUUUUUAUUAAAACGAUUAUUUAUAUACAGUAUUAUAUAACUCUGGACAAGUGAGUGCACAUUCUACGUACGGCGUAGUUGUUUGGUUUCAAUGUGUACAAAUAUAUCUGCGCAAUAAAUAUACUUGCUGUUUGAAUUUCUGUGACGUUAAGUGUUGAGAGGUGAAGAAAGUUAUAAAUAAUAAAAAAUGUAAAGUGUACAA